UCAGUUGGAGGAGAAACGAAGACAGGACGUUCGUGUUUUGCCUCAUCUCUUUUACUUUCGCUAAGGUGGAAGAAACAUAAGCUGAAGGACGUGAAAUGUAUACGUGUUAACAGUUCGUUUACCUGCAUGGGCAGUGAGAAUGGUCCAGCUUUGCCGAGAAAAGGGCGGAAAAUUACCUUUGUUGCCCGUCGCGAGGAACCUGUGUGAGAGAAGAAUAGAUUUGUAUUGCGCGUUGUAGUUAAACGUAUUUCUGGAAUCACUCAACCUGGAGAAGCUCUCAUCAAGUCAUGUCUUUUGAAUUCCGAAUAAUGAUGUUUGGAAUCGGGACCGUCCUGGUUAUAUUUGUCAUUAUAGCCGAAAUAUCAGAAGUAGAAGAAGAAAUCGCGAACAUUGAGGAUUCACAGAAAUAUCACUUUAAAAGCUUUGUCCUUCAGUCCAACAGAAAUUCAGACUUGAAUGCUGUCCCUACUUCCCUUGGCUACAGCAAAGGCAUUGUCUCUUCCUCUCCAUCUCCACUGUCACGCAUAAAAAGUGAAACUAGCAAUAUAUCCUCACCUGAAUGGACUUUCAACAGAACCUUGUCUAAACUCAUCAGGAAAAACAUUUUACGGUUCCUGGAUGCUGAGAGGGACAUCUCCAUUCUUAAGAGCACAUUUAAACCAGGAGAUGUCAUUCAUUAUAUUUUUGACCGUCAGAGCACCACAAAUAUUUCUGAGAACCUCUACCACCUCCUGCCCACAGUGUCCCCGAUGAAGAACCAGCAUCACAAACAAUGUGCCAUCGUAGGGAAUUCUGGGAUAUUACUGAAUAGCAGCUGUGGUCGAGAGAUUGAUGCACAUGACUUUGUCAUAAGGUGUAACCUGGCUCCAGUGGAGGAGUAUGCCACUGAUGUGGGCUUGCGCACCAGCCUGGUGACCAUGAACCCUUCUGUGGUGCAGCGUGCCUUCCAGGACUUGAACAGUCAGGAGUGGGUACAUCGCUUUGUCCACAGGCUGCAGAGCCUCAGUGGAAGUGUUCUGUGGAUCCCUGCCUUCAUGGCCAAAGGAGGAGAGGAGAGAGUGGAGUGGGCCAUCCGCCUCAUUCUUCUACAUACUGUCAACGUCCACACAGCCUUCCCUUCCCUGCGCCUGCUUCAUGCCGUCCGAGGGUACUGGCUGACCAAUCACAUUCAAAUCAAGAGACCUUCCACCGGACUCCUGAUGUACACCAUGGCUACGCGCUUUUGUGAUGAGAUUCAUCUGUAUGGCUUCUGGCCUUUUGCGAAUGAUCCUGGCGGCAAACCGGUCAAAUAUCACUAUUAUGACACGCUAACUUAUCAAUACACAUCUAGUGCCAGUCCCCACACAAUGCCUCUGGAAUUUCGGACUUUAAGUGCUCUUCACAGACAGGGGGCGCUGCGACUGCACACAGGACCCUGUAAACCUCCAACAUGAGCUUUGCUUCUGCAGCCUCUGAUGGUGCUCAUUUGAAGCGGUUAGCUGUGUAAUACACUGGGAAGAAGACUUGUGGAAGAUAGAUUAUAUAGAGAGAAAGAGCGACAGGUGCUGUGAAAAAUUUUGUUUGCCUGAAUAUGUCAGGGGAAUUUCUGACUUAUGACCAAAUUUGAGAAUGCAAUGCAUGGCCAGAAUGGGGGCAUUUUUUAUUUUUUUAUUUUAAGUGUUUCAUUUUUUUUUUAUUUUUUUUUUUUACCCAAGGAUGGCUAUUUUAUUAAAAUAUUUUCUUAUCUUCCACUUAUUCUUCAUAUAACAAAUAUCCCAAAUCAAAUCUGCUUCUUUUUUUAUGUGGGUACAUUGAAUGUCUUAUUUGUUCGGUUUUUGUUCUGUCAUAAAUUUUUCCACAAGAUCUGUGACCGCAUAAAAUAGGAGUUUCAGCUUUAGAAGAUAGCCGUAGACUUUUGGGAUAUUUUGCGUAUAAAUCGGAAAGUCUGUGUUAAGAGUGUCAUUUGUUGCCUUUGUAUGUGUCUGUUAUACCCAUAGACAGCAUGACUGCAAAGUCACAUGAUCUUGCAUUUGUAGUACAAGGUACAAUUUAGAUUAAUAUGUUUUAGCAUUAGUAUAACAUUUAAAUAGUUUAAAAAGGGGUUUUCACCUCUACAUACAUUCUUUUUGACAAUAAUUUAGUGCCUCAUGUCAGGGUCACGAAUGUCCUCUAUGUUUUAGCUUAGCCUUCUCAUUGGGACCCAUAGAAAUGUUGUCCUGGGCCCUAAAUUUAAGCAACAAUGCUGCCUGAAGUAGGAAAAUAUCUUUUGCUACAUCAUACCCAAAUGACACUUGAUAAAGUUGCCUUAGCAAGAUAUAGUGAGUUGUGCCGUGACCAUUAGCAGGUGUCAAAUUUACUCUGCUCGCACAGAACAAGUUGUCCUGUUUUCUGAAGCUCUGAAAUAUGAAUGUGCAGUAAUACUUGUAGUGAAACAUGUACUGUAACCCUAUGAACACUUUUGGUGUUUGUUGUUGGGUUUAAGAUGUUUGCACAGUAAGGCAGCUAUCACAGUGAAUGGAGCCACACACUGAAUGCUAAUAACUUGGGAUAGUGUAUAGCCAAAUCCAGAACACACAGCUGUUCACACACACUCGUGUGUUUGGGUACAUCGACUAUGUAAACUUGAAAAUGUGUUACCACAUAGUAUCUGUUUUAAGAUUACAAAAAGUGUUUUCUCUGUCUAAGGAGGCUUUUCGGGUGGGGGAAGGGGGUGAUUUUGUAUGUGUCAUAAUUGUUUAAGUGAAUGUAUUUGUGAUAAGUUAUGAGUAAAGAACAUACUGCUGUACUCUGCCCAGUGUGCUAAAAAAAAAAAAAAAAAAACAUUCAUGCCACAGGUUCUACCAAUGAAAGUUGUAUUUAAGAAUUCAUUACAUUUGCCCUGAGGUCCAAUAUGGCUGACUUUUUCUUAUAAGUUGGGCACGUUUGUUUCUGGAGGGAGUGAAGAAAAAAGUUUUAUCGAAAUUAGUUCAACUGUUUGAAAUAUGUUUUUUGCAAACACCUGCCCAGUAAAGAGCCACUCAUGUGCUUUGCAAAAAGUGUUUUUAACAUGAAGCCUCCACUACAAGGUGCUCUUAUGUCUCGUUAAAUUAAAAAUAGAUAAUCAUCUCACCACAGACGUCAGCAGGCGAUUCGGCAUAAUGAAUGCAUUUAUCCGUAAAAGCACCCGUGUUUUGAAAAAAUAGAAACGGUAUGUAACCAAUAUGACUAAACCUAAUUACGGUGCAACUGACUGCAGGUCACAGCGAUGAGGACAUUCUGAAGAGAUCUUCAUUUCCUGCUUUCAGGAUGUGUCAAUGAUUAUCAGACUGUGUUAUUUUUUGUUUUGUUUUUUAGGAAAAAGGGGAUCCUUUUGUUUCUGUUUUUAUUGAUUGACCUGCGUGCUUGAGGACCUAAUUAAUUUAAUACCCCAAAAAGCUAGAAUGUAGUGCAUUUCUGUUCAGAUAUCUGAGAGCUUCUUUGUGAAAAAAAAUUAUGUUAAAUCCUUAUCGUCCUGUCCCGGAGGUUUUAAUGCAUAUUUUCAUUUGGGCACUGGAUCUGUUAUACAAGAACCUUCUGAGCUAAGGCAAUUCACAGAAAAGUGAUAUGGCUUAUAGGAAAUUUGGGCUAUAAAGAAAACUGGAGACAGGAACUGGAUGCCAUGAAAUUAAUCCAGCCCAAAAAAGCAAAAUAAUUUAUGAUCUGUGAGUCACAUAAGAGCAUUUCUGCAGAUAUUUUCUGAGAAAGAUGUGGUGUGGUGUAUUGUCAGGCUAAUUGCUGGAAAUUAGGUAGGGUUUACAGGCUUGUGGGUAACCGACGCGUGAGGAAUAUAGCUCAACCCAUAGCACGAUUUCAGCUUUACAAAAUUUGUUUUUAUAAAACUGUGGCACAGAGGAAAAUUCUUUCAAAAAAGCCUUUUCAAGUUGGGCAGAGAAGGAAUUCGCCUGGUGCCUCACAAGUUAGUUUUAAUUUAUAGAGGGGAGCAGACACAAAGGAUGCAGGGUUCAUUAACAAGUGUUCCACAUAAACUUUCAAAUAAUUUUUUAAAGCCAGGAUUGUGUGGAAAAAAAUGUGUCUGCCUUCUGCUUGUAUUGAAGUGACAUGGUGAACACAUCCUUAGUUUCAGGAAAAGAGACAGUGAAAAAUCCAUAAUAAUCCAUUCCACCAAUAAUAAAACCAAGACAUUCCCUAUUUGCAUCUAUUUUUAGUCCUUUUCUGUAUUAUUAGUCCAAAUAUUAUAUGAUCUAGCUCAAGCUUUAUAUAUUGACAAGCUGAUUAUCACAAAAAAGGAAACCAAAUAAAUGUAAAAAUAUUUGUUUCAUUGGUUGCUACUUAAGAGCCGUUGCAGGUUACUGAUUAACAGUUACGGGGCAGUUCUUAAAUAUGUCAACACACAUUUCAGCUCAAACCAGUUCUUAAAUAACAUAGUCUGACAAAUCGCUUUGAGUGUAGUGUCAGAAAAGCACUAUAUUAAUGUAACUUUCAUUCAUUUAUUCAUUCAAAUCUUCUAGGAAUAAUUCUGCUGGGUUAAGAUUUUAUGUAUUUGUUUUUGUUAAUCAUUAACCAUGAAAAGUACAUUAACAUUUUGUACUCAUUAGAAACAAAAGCUUUACAAUUAUAUCAAACAUAGACUAAGUAAUCUUUGGAAAGAAAGUUGGUUGGCGAUAUAAAAUGUACUUUUUGUUUUCCAGUGUUUAGACUAGCAAACGUCAGACAAA